GUGUUUCGACGAGCGUCGUGACUGUUUUGCUAGUUCUCAUUCUCAAUCACCCCGAGGAGGAUUGGGAUUUACGGGGUCAACUAUGGAUCAAUCAAGAGGAAACAUUGGCAAUGGUUAUUAUGGUGACAACCGUGGGGGAACGGGUGGAGGCGAGGCCCCAGCCAAGAAUGAUUCAUUUGAAGACUAUAUGUGGAUGGCAAAUGAAGAGGAGGCAGAAAGGGAGAUGCUAAAACAAAUCGAGGAUGAACAAGCAGCUCAGAAAUGUUUCAACGAAAUGCUGGACGAAGAGGAGCGUAUUGUGCAACCAGAGGCAGCCAGCCCAUGGCAAUCAGGGCAGGUGGGCUGGUCGAGCGGGUGCGCGCAACAGGCGCAGCCGGGCCAGCCCUGGGGCACGCAUCCUGCCCCAGUUCCGCCGGAGGAGGCGCUGGCCAACAACAUCCGGACCAUGUCCGUCAACGACAAGCCGAAGGUGGAGCUGAACCCGCUGGCAGCUGAGUUCGUGCCAGGCCAGACGUUCCAGCCGGCGUCGGGCUGAUGGCGGCCACGCGGAGCGGGCGGCGACAGUGGUGGCGGGACCCUCCUGUGUGUAACUGAGGGGUGACGUGGGCGGCACCGGCGCCCCAGUCGGCGCCGGCCGCCCGGACCUGUACCGGCGACGGCACGGUGCGGCGUCGACCAGCGCCGGCCGUCGGGUGCGGCCCAGUGGCGCCGGGUGUCCGGGGCGGUGUGGUGUGGGUGCUGGCGGGUGUAGCGGCUCAGGCCUCUGCUAGAAACCUUUGUCUCGUUUUCCGACCGCCGCUUUAGUCCCGGGCGAGAGUGACGUGGGCAGCUCUCGGGUGCGUCGUGUCGUCACGUUCCUCAUCUGGGGUGGUCUCAUCUCCACGGGUACAAUAAAAUGGCUUCCCGGUGUCCCUGGGCGAGGGAGGGUGGGUGACAAUCAGGUUCGUGGUCUUGACAGACCUCGGCCUUGUCAUUCCUGUUUCUGGCCGUGGUCUAAGCUGCGCUGCAUUUGACAGAGAGCUGGUCACGUUUCUGUAAACGAAUAAUGAUCUGUCUUUGUUGACAUCAACCCAAUCAAAUAUCGUCCGCCUUUCGUACCGCGUUUUGUAACCCGACUUUUUUCGCAUUGGCUGUUCACCCUGUCGUUUUUGUUGAAGACUCAUCUGCGAAUAGAUGAGAACAUUACAAAAGAUAUUCGCCUGUCAACAAACCACUGUGUGGAAUGUAUCACGCACUAUCGGCUGCGAUGUUUGAGCCCGCGUACGCUGUGCAGGGGAUUCGCAUAAUAUGAACGACAAUAAAAGCCAACCUUUUGUUCAGGGAUACCAUAAAAUACAUAACUUAUGCAGAACGAAUUCUUCUAUUCCAGUGCAUGUGCUGUUUUCCAUGAAAGCUGUUGAGGGAACCGUGAAGCAGCCCUCGUGUUUUUCCAUGUCAAAAUAUAUGUUUCUGGAGAAACACAA